AUGGGUAAUUCUAUAGGAAUAGGAGUUUGUAACUCACCACCCUCAUUAACUGACUUAAUCAAACUUUAUAAUAAUUGUAAUAAUAACUUAACAUCACUAUCAUCAACAACUACAACCACAACCACCACAACAACGUCAACAACAUCACCAAAUAUAAAAUUUAAAGCAACAGCACCUCUGUCUCCAAAUCAUGGCAGUAAUAAUAGUAGCAGAUCAUCAUCACCAUCAAUUUUAGUACAUAACCAUAUUGUUUAUCAAACAAACAACAAUUUAAACUCUAGUAAUGCUGUUAGUUGUAAAUAUACUCCAAUAGUGGAUUUAUUUGCAUCAUAUUUUUUUAUAUGGAAAGCAAGUUUCAAUCAGAGCAGUGAUGAAAUUAUUUCUUUUGACCCAGUUGAUCCACUUCACUUCAAAUACCACAAUAGUACAGAAUGCUAUAUAAUUUUGCAUGUAAUAAAUACUGAAACCUUCAAGAAAAUUGUACCAGCAUUUUAUGAUUUAUCAAAAGCCUUUCUAACAGAACUGUCACCGAGGGAAUCUCAAUUUCCAAUUUUUAUUGAUAAAAGUGAAGUUUACAAGUUAUCACACGAUGUAUAUAUUUGGAAUGGUAAAAACUCUCAACCUUUAACAAAGGCACUUUGUAUAGCUAAAUGUAAUGACUUUGUUAAAGCUCUUAGUUUUAGUGAUAAUUUGGCAUAUCAACAACACCUACAGCAACAACAAAAUUCAAAAACAACACAUUCAUCACCACCUCAAUCAUCAUCAUCACCAUCAAAUGAAUCCGAUUCUAGUAAAUAUUGGAAAUUACCAAUAAACUCACCUUGUAUUAUUCAAAAACUUUUUGAAAAAGGUUCAUAUAAUGAACUUGAUUUAAUAGAUAAUAACAACAAUAAUAGUAAUAAUAACAACAACAACAACAAUAAUAUAUCUGUAAAUUUUUCACCAAUUUCAAACUAUUUUGACCAAGAUGACUCGACUGUUUUAUCUGGUGAACUAGUCCCAUUUAAUAGCCGCCAUUAUGAUCAUUCACUUUCAGAAAUCAAUACACUAUCACAUCUAUACAAAAAAAUAUUUAAAAUGAAUGUAACCCCAUUUUUAAAUAAUAAUAACAAUAACAAUAAUAAUAAUUAUAUUAAUAAUACCAGUUUUAUAAAUAAUCAUUCAUCCAGUUGUAUUCCUCCAGGUAUUGAAGUUUAUUCACAACCCUCAUCAAUAACGAAUAUAAACAAUCUUGUAAAAUCAAAAAAUAAUAAUAUUAAUAAUAACAAUGAUGAUAAUGAUAAACCCGAUAGUAAUAAAGAUGACAGUAAUAUUGACAAUGUAAAUAGCAAUAAUAAUUGUGGUAAAGAUGAUAGUAACAAUAGUAAUAAUUUUGAUGAUAAAAAGAAUGAUGAUUCGACAAUUUCAGAUUCAAAUAUUAAAACUUUAAAUCCAAGAUUUGAAGUAUUAAAAAAACUAUCAUAUGCAUCAACUACCACAACCAUUAACAACAAUAAUAAACUAUCAACAACUUUAACCUCAUCCGAAAUUAAAACCACAACAACUACAACAACUACAACAACGAACUCUGUAAUAUCAUCUCUAUCCCCAUCAUCCACAUCAUCACAAGCACAACACUCUGUCUCAUCUUCUGCAUCGACUACCCCUCCGAUAACUUCAUUUUCUACCUCAUCCCUUUCAUCUUCAUCCUCGUCCUCAUCCUCGUCUUCAUCCUCAUCUUCAUCAUUAUCAACAACUACAACAACUAUAGAUAUAUCUAUGCCAAAGCUAAGCAUACCACCCCUUUCAAUACCGCAAAAUUCACAACAAACACCAUCUCAACAAUCAAAUAAACCAACUGUCACAACACCAAAAUUUUCAUUAAAUUUAUCAGCAAUUAAAAGUAAUGGUACAAAUAAUAGUCCUGUUGCAACUACAAACCAAUUAGCAACAGCUGAAAAGAACAAUAACAUUUCAAACUCAACUAAUUUAAAUGGUACACCAAGUAAAAAAGUUGUGCCGCUAUUAAAUUUAGGAAAACAACAAUCAAUGUCAGUGUUACCCAUUCAUGGGUUAUCAGCAUCAACUUCAACAGCUCCACCAGUAGCCCCAAACCAAGGCUGGGGUAUGUUUAAAAAAUCAUUGAACUUACCAACAUUACCAGAUUUAUCAUCACUAAAAUUAUCAUCACCACCACAAACACCAAGAGGAGGUGGUGGAGGAGGGGUUGGAACCACAAAUAUGAUUGUUAUGAAUGGUAAUAUUAAUGGCUCGUCACCAGAAGAAAGCUAUGAUAAACUUUCACAAAAAGAAUUAAGCAUCUACUUUGAACCUAUUUUAAACAAGAUUGUCGACGAAAUCUAUUUGGGUUCUAGAAUUCCAGCUGGUAAUUUACAACUAUUAAAGAGUGAAGGUAUUACUCACAUUCUAAAUUGUGCAGGUAUGGUUUGCCAAAAUCAUUUUCAAGAUCAUUUCACUUAUAAAACACUAUUUAUUAGUGAUGGUAAUGGUGAAGAUAUUAGCUGCCUCUUUUACGAAAUACUGGACUUUAUUGAACAAGCAAUCUCGAGCAAAGGAAAAGUUUAUAUUCAUUGUCACCAAGGUAUCUCUAGAAGCUCAGCAUUUGUUAUAUUAUACCUGAUGUGGAAAAACAAGUGGGACUUUAUCCAAGCUCAUGAAUUUGCCAAAAGAAAAAGGUACAUAUCCAAUCCUAAUCCUGGAUUCACGGGUCAACUAAUGAUAUGGAGAAAGAAUCUAAUCAAAAAUUUAUCCGGUAAUAUUCGUGAGCCAUCUCUUUAUAGGAUGGUACAGCUUUUGGGUAAUAUCGUAGUACCAAAAAAAGUGACCAAUAUCUCAUAUCAUUCAUUGGAUGCAAGAUGCUGUUUUAUUUUAAGAGUAACAGGGUAUACAUUUUUAUGGGUUGGUCAAGCUUGUCAAGGUAUGUUGGGUGAAAAAUUUUUAGAAGCCGCCAAAGUUGCAAUUAGACGUUUCCAAGACUAUGAAAACGAUACAAUGAAUGUAAUCGAGCUUCGUCAAGGCAGCGAAACCGAAGAAUUUUGGGAAUACAUGGGUGGUGAAGGUGGAGUGGGUCUUGUGUUUGCCUAUGAUAAAGAUUUCAAAAUACAACCAUACAAUACAAUUAAUGAAUACUUAUUUAAUCACCAAACAACCACUUAUCAAUCUUCUUCACCAUCAACAACAACUACAACAACCAAUGGUGAAGCUAAACAACAAGAUGGAUUAUCGUUAAAUGGUAAUAAAAAUAACUUUGUAAAUAAUAACAAUAGUAAUAAUAAUAACAGCAACAAUGGUAGUGAUAGGGCAUAUCUUUAUCGUUUACUUGAAGACGAUCCAUCAUGGGAAAAAUAUGACGUUUUCGAUUGCGAAGAUUUAGUAGAUGAUGGUUUAUUUGUAUUAAAAUCCAAAUAUGACAACAAACUUUAUAUUUGGGUAGGUAAAGAUAUCAAUGUCGACAGCUUUCACAGUAUUUUAAAGAAGAAUACCACCCCCAAACCUCAGUCAUCAUUAAAUAUUCAUUAUAGCAGUGACAAUAUAAAUAAUAAUAACAAAAGUGAUGAUGAUGACUCAGUCAAUGAUAACCUCAAAACUUCCAACCAAACGCUCAAAAAUGAUAUUGGCAGAAUGGCUGUUUACCAAUUCAUUCAAACUAAUAAUUUCAAUUAUAAUACAUUUUCAAAUAUAAUCAUCAUUACUCAUGCAUCACAAGAAACUGAUGAUUUUCUUGAUAAUUUUUGUUAA